AUGAUCGUCGAAAACUUCACUGGGCAGCUUGGCAUCGCCUUUGCUUUCCCACGGAAGAAGGAGGUUUUGGUUGUCGUAACCUCCAGGAUCUCGUCCGCACCACUGAGGUCAAACUUUGGUGGCGGCUUUGCUCUACCUCUAACAUUUGGACCAACCUCAUUCGGUCCAAAUAUUGCCCCAAACUCCACCCCAUGGUGGUUAAACCUAACCCUACAGACUCUCCCACCUGGAAGCGGCUCUGUAGCAUCCGUACUACGGUCGACCCGUGGAUUCACUGGCUCACCGACCCUUCUCCCUUCCCACGUGAUUGACUCUAUUAUCGUCUUCCCCACCCACCGUCCCUCCUCUCCUCCCAUUUGGAAACUCUCAUCUAACGGCUCUUUCUCCUUUAAAAGCGCAUGGCAAGCCAUCCGUACCCCUCGUUCCCCUAACCCUAUCUUCCGGCACAUUUGGAGUUCCCUUAUUACCCCUACCAUCUCUACCUUCAUGGUCCGCCUCCUUUCCUUUUGGAUCUCCACCCCAGAUGGCCUAUCCCAUAGGGGAAUCAAUGCUUCCAUCCCUUGCUUCUGUUGUGAGGAUAUGGAAUCCAUCCCUCACCUUUUCCUCCUCGGCCCAGUUGCCUCAGCAGUAUGGGCCAAUUUCUACUCUCUCGCCGUUAUCCCCCAAAUAUCCUCCGACAGCAUGCAAACCACUCUCUCCCACUGGUUCAACUUUGGGACUGGCAAGUCCCAUCUAUUCCACCUCAUUCCCAUUCUUAUCCUUUGGUACCUCUGGUGUUCCCGCAAUGACAAAAUAGUUAAACAAAUCCCCUUCACUGCUCAACGCGUCUGCGAUCGAAGUAUCCCAGCAUCAGACGUCCCCAUGACGACAUCAGACCACAGGGCUGACGCCCAUAAUUUUAGCCAGCAAGAGAUUCCAUCUCCCUCCUUAGCUGGCCUGACUUCACCUUCACCCUCGGAUUCUUCUCCUUCUUCUCUUCUUGUUAGGGCCCCUUUUAUUGGAGGUCUCAGUUUUUCUCUUGAGUCGACUAGGCUUUGUAGGGGAUUUGCCACCCCAUUAUUGACAAAAGUGAUUUGGGCUUUGUAG